AGAUGUGUUUUCUUGAAUACUUGUUUGCCUGCCAGUUUUGUUAAACAGUAAUGCUAUCUUGAGAGAAAACCGUUUGUAGUCUUAAGCUAUAGGCUAGUUAAAAGUUGGGGUAGUUUCAAAUGAUUCUCCAUGGGUGAGCCUACUUCGAUUAGAAUCUUCUGCCAAAUCGUGUCCCGGGAGCUCUGCAUAGUACGCCUCUUGGAGACGAAGAGUGAACCUCACCCCCGGCCUCUGUGUGUGUUUGGACUGAGCCCACAACAAACUAGAAGAACAUGGCUGAUGUCUACGGAGCUCCGGCACCUGUGGUCCUCCAGCACCGUGCUGCGCACCCCAGAUUCAACAGGAGGAGCAAAACCUACCUGGCCAUGAUUGCCUGCGUUCUGCAGGACACCCCUGGGAAGAUGCUGACUUUUUCUCAGUUGAUGGAAAAGCUGGAAGAAUUUGUCACGGGAGACAGGAAGUGUUUCGAGAACAACAUCCGAGUCUGCUUGUCCUACAGCAAAUGCUUUGUCAAGAAUCCAAUGUAUCCACAGAUGCCGAGCUGUAAGUUGAACUACUGGAAGCUGGACCACAGUCAAAUCACUGUCAAGAUGGUGCACCGUCACUUCAGGAAAAUCCUGGAUCAGUUUCCAGAGCUGGCCCCCAAGAUGGCAAAGUGGCCCCUGACACCCCAGGGAUCACCGGGCCCCAUCACAACUGUCCCACACACCCCAGAACCAGCGGACUGCAAAGCUCCUCCGACCAGAGGGAGCAUUAAGUUCAGAGGGCCGUUCUCCAUCGAGUCUCUGCUGAGGAGGGACAGUCCCUCCCGCCAGGGCCCCAAGCCUCCACUCCCUCCCCCUCCAGCACCUCAGCGGUCCGGCCAGGCCGUGGAGCUGGAGCAGCAGGCCUACUCCCCGGGGGACUGUGGUGACGAAGCCAAGGGCUGGUUGAGCUGGGACUACCUGCCGGUGGAGACACUGCUACCGGGUUCAGAUAAAACGUGGCCCUUCCACAACACGUGGUGCAACGUCCGAGUGGGGGACCCGGGGGCCCGGCCCUUCAAGAGGAUGUGUUGGGAACCCUCUGCUCCUGUGACCCAGCAGAGAGACGGCCAGGCUCCGUAUGUGGCAGGACCGCAGAGCAACCCCAUGUCCAGAUACCUUUGUGACGUUCAUCACUUUCGUCUGUGAACAUUCGGCAAACAAAAAUAGGACUUUUAAUAUAUAAAUAUAUACUUGUUGCACUUUGAAUUACGGCUAAUGUUUUUUUUCAUUGUAAUGCCGAAUUUUUCAUUAUUUGUAACUUUUUUUAAGUCAACUUUUUUUUUUUUAUGUUGGUGAAGGCCAGAAAAAUGAAAGAAUUAUAUAGAAUCUCUGUAAUUAAAAUGACAUGGUACAUCACCCGUCAUGUUGUCACCAGGGGGCAGUGUCGUAUAACCGUCUUUCUGUUGUAACUGCUUUUUAUUUCUCAACAGCACAAUAAAGGUGUCUUGUCUUCGAAAUUCC